UUUUUAUUUAGAUCAAUGGAGGUGUCUUGUGUCUGAUUUUGCCUUUUGUGUUUGAAAAGCUAAUAUUGUACAGUAUCUAAAUUUGUCUUCAUAGAUUAAUAAAUCAAGAAACCUUUUAAAAAGACAAAAUGGGUAACGAAAAUUCUAUUCCCAUGGAACUGUGUUCAAAUUCGCGUGUAAACUGCAUUGAUUUUAAGGUGGAGAACUUCGACGCGGACGAGAUACGGCGGCUCGGCAAGCGAUUUCGGAAGCUCGACUUGGACAAUUCCGGUGCGCUGUCCAUCGACGAGUUUAUGUCAUUGCCAGAGUUGCAGCAGAAUCCGCUGGUGCAACGCGUUAUAGAUAUAUUCGACGCAGAUGGAAAUGGAGAGGUGGACUUCAAGGAGUUCAUCCAGGGUGUGUCGCAGUUCAGCGUUAAAGGUGACAAGUUGUCGAAGUUGCGGUUUGCGUUCCGCAUCUACGACAUGGAUAACGAUGGGUUCAUCUCGAACGGUGAACUGUUUCAGGUGCUGAAGAUGAUGGUUGGCAAUAAUUUGAAGGACACUCAACUACAGCAGAUCGUGGACAAGACGAUCCUGUUCGCAGACAAGGAUGAAGACGGCAAGAUCUCAUUCGAGGAGUUCUGCAAUGUGGUCCUCACCGCGCUCAAGUGACCUUCGGCUACUGAGGUCCAAGUACCUUGUCUCACCUUUAGAUUAUGUUAAUGUUGUACAAAUAAUUAUAUAUUAUUAUAGCAAUUUAUUGGGUGUUAUUUUUUAGAUAUAUGUUUUACAAAUGUUUGAUCUAAAAUCAUAUCAACUAAGAUGGAAGUAGUUUGCCGGUUAAUUAAUUUUGAAAUUAUUUGAUAUAUAUAAUAAUUAUAUAAAUAUAUUUGAUAUUGUCUGCUACUAUUUAUAUGCGAUAUAUAAAUAGUAGCAGACAACUUUCUAUUACUUUAUACGUUGACCGUUAUAGGUCACAGUAAAAUAAACCUUAUGUAAAUACUCGUAGAAAGCAAUCUUAUUCGUCCAGUUCGGUUUAGGAUGAGUGAUGUCGUGUUUUCUAUUGUUGAUUGGAUUGGUGGUAAUGCAAUAAGGAUCACAUUACUGAAUAAAUACUGAAUAAUAAUAACCUAUGCCCGGUUUGGCCGUGUCUAGGGCGUUACUUAAAGUCGCGUCUCGGCAACAGGCGUUCAGUUUGUGUCUAAUUCAGAAUGGUUAAUCCACUUCUAAGUGUGAUUUAGAUCAUAACAUGAAACAAUUUUGUUCUUAGACAUUGCAGUAUUAACACAGAGGAUAUGUAAUUUUUCUUUAUUUUUUUGUAAUUGAUCAAUAAAGAAGAAACACUCGACAAUCUCAAUACAGCAAUACAAACACGCAUUUACUCCAAUUUACGGUGUGCUAAAAUGCUGGUUGCUUUCUACGUUUAGACAUAAGGAUUGUUUUAUCGAAAAUUAAAUCUGAAAAUUUAAUUUUCUCAUAUAGUACUGAGUGUUGACGCGGGCCUUUUUACAAAUUGACCACCAAAUUAAAGACAUUUUAGUUUAGUGUUAUUCUUAAAAAUAGUGUACGGGAACUGUAUGUGCUGAGUAUACGGCGUUUUAGGACAUAUUACACUAUCAUGUCAUCAUAUAAUGAUGCUUGUAAUGCAUUUUUAAUAUAAAUAAAAAGAUUCACAGUAAUCAUUUUAAUUUACACUGUUUUCA